UUAACUAAUGACAAUUAACCUUCCAAAUGAUCAUCUGGUUACAAUCAUUCAACUGUUGAUUGCUUAGAUUAGAAGAGUAAAUCAGAAGCACAAUUAAAAGGCUCUAAUAAUCAAACGAUUAACCGUUUCAGCGAUAGAUCACUUUCUCCGCUAAUUAGUGGAACAAUUAUUAUAAUCAACCUUCUAAUGAUUGGUUCAAAAUCAAUUAAUAAAGAGAAGAGACUAAUUAACAAAAGAAGAGAAGUUUUUUGUCUUUUGCUUUGGUCACAUGGUUUUCAUAUUCUCCAUUUGUGAUUAAGGAUUAUUAGUUUAAUUUGCUCACUCGUUGUGAUCGUUUCUCUUUGGAUUUACAAUUACAAUUAAUUGUUCAAUUUUGUUCAGUGUUUUUUUCUUCAACAAUCAAAAAUGUUCAAUUUAAAUUCAAUUCUAAUUGUUAUUCUAUUUACUUGUUUUUCUAAUCUCCACGUAAAUUGUCAAUCUAAUGAAAAUAGAAUUGAAGUUGUUCGUGGUGGAUCAUUUUGGAUGAACUGUUCAUUUGACUUCCCGAAUGUUCAACUUCCUUGGACUCUUACGAUCAAAAAGCUCGGGCCUUUUCCGAAUGACAUUUACCGAAUCGAUUCAGGAUCAGCCACCGGAAAAAUCAGUCCAUGGAAUCAAACUGGAGUUGAAAUUAUCGAUUCGACUCGUAACAGUUUAUUGAUCGAUGGUGCUAAUGACCGAUCAUUUGGUGAAUACGAUUGUGAAUUAGUCGAUGGGCAAAGCAUAACUCACAUGUACAGAGUCCAAGUUAUCGAGAGUGCUCAUUCCGAUUCCAUGAGUUGGUUUCGAGUUAAAUCAUCACAAUUCUAUUGGAUUCAAUUGAUUACCUUAAAUUUCAUUGUUUUCUGUCUUUUCAAGUGACAUUUCAUUCAAGUUGCUUCUUAAUUUUGAUAAUUACUCAUCUUCAUUUCUUUACUCUUUGUAUCUUAAUUAGUGAUUGAUUUGGUUCGUUUUUUUACUUAAAAUUAAAUGUUCACUUUGCUAGUGAUUUUCUAGUUCA